GUGAGACUGGGUGUAACGGCUAAGUAAAGUGACACGGGAAACUGAGUCUUGGCCAAUCAAAGAAGACCUUUCUUCCCUGAUAGGCAUUUGUUAAGGUAGCAGCAGUAGCUGCUGCUCUCUGCCAAGGGAGGAGCUGGGUGUAUUCCUAGUUACCAGCCAGGUUUUGUUAUGUGGGUAAAUAUUUUGCCAGUUGAGAAAAUGCUGUUAUGCCCCAGGCCCUGAGCGUUUUUUGCUUUGAAGUAAGUCCCAUGCAGUUUGCCUCGCAUGUGAAAGCGAUUAUAAAGCAUCGCAGCUUGACAGCCCGAUCCUAUUCUGUGCAUGUCUACUCAGCGGCAAGGCUGCAUGCCUAUUCAUGCUUUUCUAGAGGUAAGUAAGUCCCAUUAAAUACAGCGGUGCUCGCCUCUGAGUAGACAUGCCUAGGACGUGGCAGCGUCUUCGAAAUAAGAGAAGAACUUCAUCUUGGGAAGGCACCUUGUUAAACCUUUUUAAUGAGUUUUUAUGUUCCUCUUUCCUCCUGCAAAUGGAGCUGCCCUAAGUGGCCAACAACAAUCGUUAGAGCAGUAAUAAGUCAACAGUAAAACCAAGAAGUUCAUAGCCGGCUGAGCUCCAGACUAAGACUGCAACCCUGAAAACAUUUACAAAGAAAGUAAGUCCCAUUGAAUUCAAUGGGGCUUAUUCCCAGGUGAAUGGGGCUAGGAUUGCAUCCUGUAAGAAUGUUAUAAACACUUGGGGAGAAUAAUACAGUUUGAUUUCCCUGUGGAAGGGGCUGCCGCUUGUCGAUUACGGCAGCAUCAGUACAGAAAAGGCCUUCCAAUGAUACAGCAGAUUUAAGGGAACUCAGCAGGUCUGAAUCUAGCCAGGCCUAGAUAAGAGGCUUCCUUGGGUUCUUUGACUGAAGAAGAGUGAGAUACAGAAAAGUAACCAAUAACCCAUGUAUGGACAAAAUAGAAACAAGCUAAUUAUCAUGAAAAUAUUUAUUUAGUGGCCGGGAAGCUUUUCUCAAGGGUCUGUAGAUGGCUUACAGUCAAUAACACAAAUGGAAAUGUUUCUGCUUCAAACAAGGAUACUGUUAUGAGUUUGCAGAGGGUAGGCUGUAUGCCUGAGCCCCCUUCCAAGUCUUAGAUCCAGCGUGAAUGCAAUUCCUGGAAUAGCCAGGCUAGCUCCCAGGUGAGGUAAUGACCACCUUAAGUAUGAGCCAUUAAGGUAACAAAGGAAGUGGCUCUGUGUCAGAUAACGAAUGUACCUCAAAACUCUGGUUGUUAGAAAUGCAACGGCAGAGUUGUGGUAGGUAAUGUAGAAGCCAGCAGGCUGUGCAGCUAGGAGACAAGGCUAUGCCAGAUUUCUGCUGGAAUCCAAGGCCAUGGCUAUAGGAGAAGCAAGACCUGCUGUGAACCCCUCCAUUGUAGGCUCAGGUGGUAUAUAUGUAUAGAUAAACAACACAUCACAAAGACACCACAGUCUCUGCUGUCCCUCAUUCAAAAGGAAGCACGAACCCUGGACAGGCACCUGGAACCCCUGGAAUCUUGCACCACUCAGGAGAUUGGGAUGGUGUGCAACAAUACUUUUCCUCCAUUGGGGAUGGGAGAAUUUUGGUUUCUCUGUUUCUCAUUUUUCCAAACUCAAGUUGAGUUCUCCACGGCCUCUGCCCGGUAUAUCUGAAGGAGCGUCUCCAUCCCCAUCGUUCAGCCCGGACACUGAGGUCCUUCUGGCAGUUUCCUCACUGUGAAAGUGAGGUUACAGGGAACCCAGGCAGAGGGCCUUCUUGGUAGUGUCGCCCGUCUUGUGGAAUGCCCUCCCAUCAGAUGUCAAGGAAAUAAACAACUAUCUGACUUUCAGAAGACAUCUGAAGGCAGUCCUGUUUAGGGAAGCUUUUAAUGUUUGAUGUUUUAUUGUGUUUUUAAUAUUCCGUUGGAAGCCACCCAGAGUGGCUGGGGAAACCCAGCCAGGUGGGUGGGGUAUAAAUAAAUUAUUAUUAUUAUUAUUAUUUCCACAUCAAUUUGCAAUUUUUUGUAAAAUCCUCGUGAAAACUCAGCAUCUUAGCGUGAAUUUCUAAUAUGCAUAUUUUUGUAUGCAAUUUUGCCUUACGUACACAUUUUUGAAAGCAAUUCUCCAUCAUAUGCUGCAAUUGUGUAUGUUAGUUUCACUAACAUGCAUUUUUAUGCACAUUUUACCCUAGUACCUUUUUGGUGCACUUUACUUGGCUGGAUAGCAGCAUUGCAAAAUUAUGAGAAGUGUAAAUUUCGAAGGGUGACUGUGAACUGAAUCAAAAUUUCUCCCCCGAUCCCUAAUUGAAAUAAAUAAAUUAGUGAAUGAAAGCGGUCCAUACCAAGGCUUGUGGCAGCAUGCAGCAUCCUCAGAAAGCAGAGCCCACUGAUAGUGCCAGUCCCCACCCAUCCAGCUGGUUUCUUGGCCCAGGCUUAUGGCAGUAGCAGAUGGGAGCUGCCCAUUUCAAUUUUCCCAUGAUUGCUCCAGAGAACAUCUCACUGGAUUGUGGCCCUGUUACUUCACCUUUCUAUUAUAUUCACUCCGUUCUCAAUAGAGACAAUGGUUUCUAGUCUCACUACAGGUAUUAAUUUGUUUAGGAAUGCUAAGAUGAUUCUACUGACAUCAAUCACUGCUGUUAUCAAUGGUCAGGGUGUUCAUCUUGCAUGUGCCUACCAUCUUAAUUGAAUUGUCACUUCACUCAGCAAUACUAAGAUGAUUGUGCUGUCAACAGUUGCAGCUGCUAUGAAAGCUCAUUUUGUGCACAUGAAAGGUCCAGUUCAAUUACCACAUAUUGUGGGUAGUAUCUAAUGCCCCCAUUCCAUUAGCACAAGUAUUUGUGCAAUGGAAUUCUUUUCUGUCUGCAUGCGCUCAGCAGCUUCCCCAAAUCUGCUUCAAAGGGUUGGGGAAACACCCAGAGCAGGUUUUAGGGGCUCAUGAGGGGGGUGGGGAGUUCUGCUACACAAGCAGAAAUCCUUGCACUAACCUUUUUUUAAAAAUAUAUUUAUAUAUUGCCCUUCAUCAAAAGAUCUCAGAGCGGUUCACAAAUGACUGACAAUGCAAUUUUGAUGCAAGCUUGUUCUUUUGGACUCCCAUCAGAUGUCAAAGACAUAAACAAUUAUACGACUUUCUGAAGGCAGCCCUGCGUUGGGAAGUUUUUAAUGUCUGAUGUUUUGUUAUGUUUUUUAUAUUCUGUUGGAAGCUGCCCAAAGGGCAACCCAGUCAGAUGGGCAGAGUAAUAAAUUAUUGUUGUUAUUAUUAUUAUUACUACAGUAUUAUUAUUCCAUUAUCAUUUAACACCAGCUUUACAUACACACCUUUUCUCUUUACAGUGGUACCUUGGCUUAAGAACAGCUUAGUUUCGGAACAACUUGGAUUAAGAACACUGCAAACUGAGAAGUAGGUGUUUUGGUUUGUGAACUUUGCCUUGGAAACAUAACAUGUUCCACUUCGUCUUGAGUGUGUUCAAUUUGUAAAUUGAGUCCCCUGCUGCUAUGGGAAAGCAUGUCUUGGUUUAUGACCGCUUUGGUUUAAGAAUGGACUUCCGGAAUGGAUUAAGUUCAUAAACCAAGAUACCACUGUACUGGAAAACUGAACAUCACACUCCAUGCAUCUGGUCCAUGAAAGUUUUUUCCAUAUCAAAUAGUUAUUGGGAUGUAUCCAGUGCUAGCCCUGCUCAGACUCACUGAAAUUAAUGAACCUAAGUUAGUCGUUAAUUCCUCUGGAAUAAUUCUGACCACUCAAAAGAGCCCUCAUUCUAGCACAGCCUUAUCCCACAACCUCAGAUUACAAGGCAACCCCACAGCAGUCAAAAUACCCAGCAACAGAAGAUUGGCCUGCUCUCCUGGGCGGCAUUAGAUAAGGACUUAAUGCCUUCUGGCUAUCACAUUCAGACUUUCUCAGCUACUUUCUCUCUUUUAACUCAAGGAAUUAACACCCGCUUCCCUUUUGAAAUGCUGUAGUUCAUGGACACACCAUGUCUUCUCAGUAUCCUCCAAGUCUCCGGAUUCGCCUGCCUGGGCUCAUUUUCUUUUUGGAAGCUGCUUUUAUCCUUAUAUUUUUCUUUUUCUUUUCAUAUGACCAUCAAAGUGUUCAAAAAGACCUUGCGAUCUACCCAGGUAAGCCUGCUUGUUAAUUGAAAUUAGGGUUGCAGGUGUUAUUCUGUUUAAUUAGUAGGUUAAUUGAGCAAAUACUUAAGUGGCUGGGGAGAGUCUCCAAGGGUGAGGCUCGAUUUCCCCCAAAUGAGAAUAAGUUGAUUGCAUUCUUUUAAGUAGUGUUAGUAUUUGAUGAGUUACAUCUGGAGUGUGUUUAUGUCCGCAUGUAAAAAGUGACAAACAAAUGUAAAUAACAAAUGAAUAAUGGCCUCUGUUGCACGCAGCAUUUCAAGAUGUCAGCAUCAUGGUGGUCUUGGGCUUCGCCUUCCUCCUGGCCUUCCUGAGAAGAUAUGGCUUCAGCAGCGCUGGAUUCAGCCUUUUCCUUGCAGCCCUUGGAGUGCAGUGGGCUUUGAUUGUGAAUGGCUUCAUUUUCCAUUUCUCAGAUGGGCAAGUGAAGAUAAAUCUGCAAAGGUAGAUAACACGCUUUACAGGGCCCUGCCUUGACCAGUAGUUGCUAUGUCUGAGGCUUUAUGGAUUUAGUUUAGAAUGUUUCUUUGAAACAUGGGCAGCUGGAGACCAAGAAAUAUUGCUCUUCUCUCUCAUUCCCUCUCUCCCUCCCCCCUCUCAUUCACAGAGCAAACAAUAAUGCUAGGCUUCCCAUCCUCAUAGCUGUUUAUUAUGAGGGCAACCAGAACGAUCAAGGGGCUGAACUCAAAAUGAAUGAGCCUGUUCCCUUUCUUAAUGAUGUGCUUCGUCUUCAUUCCUGGUGUGCUCCAAACACAGACCCCCCACACACCUGCAUUUAUUAGCUAGAGCAGCCUUAGUGAGCCUGGUACCCUCCAGAUGUUUGGGACUGGGGUUGAUGGGACUUGGAGCCCAAAACAUCUGGAGGGUGCUAGUUUGGCAAAGUCUAAGCUAGAAAAUAAGUGUUUGAGUGAGUGGAGUAGUGAAUGUAUUAUACCUUAUUGUCAGGGCAUCUGCAGCUCUUUUCAUCUCACCUGUAGCAUAAAUCUCUAUUGGUGUUUUUUUUUUUCUUUAAAUGAAAUGAUUCUUCAACAUUCAGGCCAACGCAAGCAAUGCAUAAAAACCAGUUCUUCGGGGGCAUUGUUUGGUACUUGCAAGAUUUGCAGUAUAGACUCAUAGAUGCACAUUUGUGAAAAAUUUGCACAUGCCAAUUUACAUGUAAAGAUGCAAAAUUUAAAAUUUAAAAGUCACAGAAGGCGAGAUAAUGCGUUUUCCAUCCAAAUCACCUCAGAUACAUUUGUCAGUUAGUCAACCCAGCAGAUCAACCCGAAUAAUUUCCUCUUCAGUUCAUUACCCAACAGAGCUUGCUCCAAAUCAAUUAAAUUUUCCUUCGAGUACCCGAUUCUUUAUCCCCAAAUCAUAUCCAGAUAAAGUCAUCUAAAGUUAAUUUAUUCCCUCAAAUUAAUAUCCAGCCAGUAAUGCAGAUCAUCCUUCAAUUCAAUUUCCCCUGAAUCCAUUGCUGACUCUGAUGCACGCAAGGCAUUUAGGAAAAGAUUUGGCGCCACCCCUAGUGACAUCCUCGGCAGUUUCUGGAUACUCAGAAUUUUUUCAGGCUUGUGAAACUCCUCAGAAUUUACUGUGGACCAUCUGCAGCCUAAAUCAAUACACAGGCCCAGUGGAGGGCUAGCUAAACCCAAUAGCUAUGGGGUGGGGAAUCUUUGGCCCUCCAGAUGUUGGUCAAGUACAGCUCCCCUCAUCCCUCACCAUUCUUGCUGGGUCUGAUGGGAAUUGUAGUUCACCAACAUCUGAAGGGCCAAAGUUUCCUCACCCUUGCAAUAGACAGUAGAGGCCCUGGCCUGGGAAGCAGAAUCCAGAGGUUUCUAGCUAAUUGGGAAACAGGAGGAGCAAACUAUCACUUGUAAAAGAUUUCCCCAGCUAUGGAUAUUUCUCACACACACAUACACACAGAGUUUUAUGUAAGUUUUAUUUUAUUUUAUUGCAGAUGGGUUAAACAAUUAGAUUGCCUGACCAGCUGUCACCUGAGUAAUAAAAAAGAUUGAUUAAUCGUAUGAAAUUUGGUGGAUUAAUCAACUAAUUUAUUAAGUUGCCAUAAAUGUCCAUAUAAUUAAAGCCCUACUUCUGGAGAAAAUGCAGUCUUGGCUUUGCUUUUAGAUGACGUUAUUGUGUGUCAUCCCAGGCGCCAUGUCAGGGCUCUGAUGAGUGUGUGGCAGAGGCAAGGGGACUGGAGACUGACCCAGGAGAUAGGGCCAGAGAUUUAUGGGGUUUGGUGCCACCUGUGAGGCAGGAACCAGGGCAGCAGGGAAGAGGAAGGGUCGGAGCAGGCAGAGGUGGGGGCACAGGACCUGUCAGGAGUGGAGGAAGAGGCUGCUGAGAUGUGGGGUGUGCCAGUCAAAUCCCUGCCUUCCCCUGCCCCACUGUUUCCUAGAAGCAGGAGGGGCCUGAAGAGAAAACAAUGACAACUUCCAUGCAGGAGAACCCCGUCCUCCGUCCUCCCCCUACAUGCCCCCUAAAUCUGUUAUGGGAGUUCAUGAAAUCCUCUAGAGAUUUGUGGAGGUUCAGGAAGCAUGGGGAGAGGAGAGGGGGAAAUUUUGAUGCACAAUCGGAGAUGCUUGUGCUGAUGGAACAAGUUAGUUGGCUAUAUCCACUCUGUCUAUAUCCUAUUUGUGGAUACCACCCAGUCUCCCAAUCUGGAGGAGGGGGCUUCUUCAGCACUCUAAAAUGAUGCUACGGACAAUACUGCUUUCUCCUUUUUCUUUUCCCAAAGCAUCUUGGCAGCCAUUAUGAGUAUUACAGCGGUGCUGAUUUCAGCUGGCGCGAUCCUCGGCAAAGCCAACCUGAUGCAGUUAAUCUGCAUGGCUGUGGUGGAGGUGGCUGUUUUCGCUGGGAACAGAUGGAUCAUUGUGGCUGUUCUGGGGGUACGUAUAGAAACCUCUUUGCUACUGAGACAAGGCGUGGGGUGGGUGAUUCUGUGGCAGCUUCCCAUUUCCAGAGGCCUUUUCCCCUCUGGAACCGUCCCUUUGUGGUAUCUGAAGGUCAAGCACAGCUGCCCUGUUUUGCCAUCUUCCCUAAUUGGCAUUAGCUGCCAAGGCAGCCUUUCUCAAGAGUGGCUCUCUGUGUCUUAAGACUUAAGGUUGCUGGCCUCUAGUAGGUUUGAUAACCAACCCUUGGUGCUGGAUCAGACCAGAGGCCCAACUUGUCCAGCAUCCUGUACCCCACCAGCAGCCAGCAAGGAGCUCUAAUGGGAAGCCCUCAGCAACAAGUGGCUUGUUUCCCUGGAACUUUAUCUGGCUCCGCCCCAUAGGCCAACUUUGACAGGUGGGGAGGGGCAACCCACCUGUCAAUCACAUUAUGUCAUUAUGGCACCACAUGAUUGAUAGGUGGGUCGUCCUGCUCACCUGUCAAAAUCCCUUGCGCAGCGUUCCCCAAGCACCAAGUAUGGGGUUGGCAAGGGCUUCUUUCUCCUCUCCCCAUCAUGAGCAGGCCCUCUCAUAGCUGAGGCCUGCCAAAAAACCAACAAACCAGGGUUGCUUGCCUUGGAUGUGUGUGCCAGUUCCCAGCACAAUUGAACCCUGCAUUUUCACCCAUCACCUGAAGUUAUGAGUGAUGUUAGCUGAUUGACAGGGGUGUGGCUUUGGGGAAAUGGCCUCAUGGGCCAAAUUGGAUCCCGUGGUGGGCCAAGAUUGGCCCGUGAGCCAGAGGUUCCUGACCCCUGCUCUGAACUAUGGAGAUUCUGUUCAGCUGUUGUGCAGUGAUAGAUAACCCUCUUCCACACCGUUGUCUAAUCCUGUAUAUUAAUUUCAAGCUCAGUUCCCUGAGUGGGUAGGCAAAAUAGCACAGCCCAUGCAGAUUUGGCGGGGUGGGGGGGACCCAGAAUUUGCAGAAGUCAAAAUAACUUUAGAGGGGGAAUACCCUGCAAAGUGAGGGUGGAGCAGCCUCAGUGGGUAUGUUGGGGUGGAAAACAGAAAACCAGAGAGAGGAAUAGGAUAUGGGAGAGGGCAGAGUUGGCUGGCUGGCAGGCACAUGGAGCAGGAGCACGCUGCAACGUUUUUAUUGCAGUUCCUACAUAAUAUAUAUUAACGGAAGAGCUGUGCUGAAUCAGAUUAAAGUCCUGUCCAUUCCAGCAUCCAGUUCCCCACAGAAUACAUUCCACCCUGGCUCUCUAUGAAAUGGUGACUGUUUUUUUGUGGUCUACAGAUUAAGAGCCACAUCAGCUUGAUGCAUGUUCAUUUGUUUGGGACAUUUUUUGGCUCCACUGUCUCCUGGUUCCUCUACAAUUCCUCACAGCACCCAAAAGUUGAGAAAGAAAGAUCAAAGCCUGCCUCUGAUGUGUUUGCAAUGCUGGGUAAGCUGUUUUCAUCAGUGUCCUAAGGCAGGGUUGGGAGGUCAAACAAAUCUCUUUACUGGAGCUUGAAACAAAUACGUUUUGAGAAAUUUUCCCCAGUGGAUGUUGAUGUUGAAAUGUGGCAUUUGACAUAGUAGGAUACAUUAUUCAGCAACUGGCAUUUGAUUUCUGAGUUUGAUUUCAACAAAGAUCUGACAAUAUUUGGUGUGUGUAUAGUUCUGGUGACUCAACUUCAAGUGUUCUUAAAUGAAACUCAGGCUGCAUACACACUAUAGAUCUCAAGCGCAUUCAAAGCACAUCCCAACUCCCCCCAAAAUCCUGAGAACUGUAGUUUAAGGGUGCUGCAGUUCUCAGGAUUCUGGGUGCGGUGCAUUAAAUGUAUGGCAUGUACAUGGCUGUGACUAUAUGGAAUCUGGGUUCAGGCCCAGUUCUGGAACUGUAUUUGUCUUGGCGGAUGGCUUUUGCCAUGCACUAAGCCUAUCUCUUGGUUCUGCUGGAUCUCUCAGUAGCUUUUGAUAUCAUGGAUAUCUUUCUGGGGCAUCUGCCUGGGGGUAAAGUGACCAUGUGUCCUGCUUUUACAGCCAUCUAUUUGAAGGAGUCCUUUGUUUGAAGGGCUGCCUAGUCCAAGUCUGGUUUAAAGAGAAAGAAACCUACAGAGGGACCUUGAAGUUGCCCGUCAGCAGCACCUGGGCAGCGAACUGAGCAGGAAAUCUUGCCACCUGGCCACAGUCUUCUUCACCAUUAAGAAUGUCAAGAAUUGUUAGGAGACCCAUAUUCCCCUUAUAGAACUGCGGUCCCUAGAGUUUCCUGAGAAGAGGGGUUAAACCACUCUGGAGGUUGUAGCUCUGUGGGGACAGUGGGGGGUCACGUAACUCCUUGCACCCUUAACAAACUACACUUCCCAGGAUUCUUUGGGGGAAUCCAUAGCUGUUUAAAGUGAUCUGAUAUUGCCUUCAGCUUGAAGUGCCAGAUUCAGUGUAAUAAUUACAAACACAUUUGUAUGUGCUCUUCAGGCUGAACCUUCAUGGAAACAGUCUUAUAGAAUGACACAGAGAGACAAGAAGCCUGCAAGGAAAAGUGCCCAGCCCAGAAUGACCAGAGGUUUUUUUAAUCAGCAGAAGUGACAUUCUCCACUAAUUGAGCUAUAAAGUGCAGUUCCAGUCUCUCCAUAUUUCUCCCCGGCCAGAGAGUCAUGGCUUGAUUGGUGCUACAACGUUAAUGGGUGGCGCAUGUGUUAGAGUGAGGUUGGGCCUCAGAGACAUUUCCUUCUGCUUAUACAGAUAAGCAUGCCUUUUUCAUAGCAGAACAGUGUUUGGUGUAGGGAACCGCCCAUCCCACAGGCCCAGGUUGCCAAAAGUUCUGUGUGUAACUUGUGAUUAGCUGAAAAUUUCCCUCUCCAAAAAACAAUUGGAGCAGAAUCAUUGAGGGCCAUGUUGCUGAAAUAUGCAGUCAUCACUUGUGUUAGGCUGUUUUACGCUAUCCUGGAAAAUUAAUGCAUAUGGCAAUAAUAAUGAUGAUGAUGAUGAUGGCUUUUUUCUUUUUGUAAAAAUGAGGUGUCAGUAUUCGCAUAUUGAUAAAAGUGCCACGAGCACAGUACUCGCUUGUGCAAAGGACCAGCAUCUCUUCUUUUGCUACCCAUGGCAGUUCUUUUGUGCUCGCCCAGAGGGGUGGAGCUGCAGCAAUAACCUCCCAGUAACAGCAUUGCAGCCUCAAGCUGAGAGGGUUAAAGUCAGGGCUGCAUGGCCCCCCAGUGGAGGCAGUCUUGGUGCUUCCGCCACUGUGUGGCACAGCCCCAACCCCUCCAUGGGGAUGCAAGAAGGCAUCACCUCCCAUUACACCCUGUAUCCAUCGCAUUUAGCUUUAUAGUGUUUGAAUCUCCCAUUGUUACAUGCGCAUUUUGUGACAGGGAAUUUCAUUAGCGUGAGCAGUUUCUGAGCUCAGGGCACAGUACUGCGCCUAAGAUUUCAGAUUAAAACUGCAGAGUAGAAGGAAAGGAGGACCUUUUCCUGCCUCCCCACUUCCAGCUACUCUCUGAAGACUGGAGAAGAGACCCUCUUAAAAAUAUUAGGGAGGUGGGCAGAGGAAGGACUAGACCAUGUGAAAAACGAACAUAAUAUUUUUAGCUGCAGUUCAUUCAUUUUCAGCUUUGUAUUCUUGUUAUUAAAAAAGUGUGCCUAGACAUUCCGUUGUUGCACCCAUAACCUAGGAUUAAGGUGUCAUUUAGCUCCUAGCUUUCAUAUCUCAGUUUCUAACACAGCAGCUCUGUUUCUGUUCUGCUGCAGUUUACCUUCUACCCAAAAUUACGUGAUUUGUGUCAUGUUUUACUGUGGCGAAAUUGCAAAACCUACGUAAUUAAUUACGUAGUUUAUGUUAUUCCACCCUGUUCAUUUCAACGCAAGGGAAGCACCAUGCAAAUUAAUUAGUCACAUAUUGUUGAUGGGCUGAGAGCAAAAACAGUAGAUAUCAGUCGUGUUUACUUGAUUGAUUUCCGUUUCAGACAUGGGACGAAUAGGCAAACAUUUCCACUCCUAUUUCAUUUUUUAAACAUCUCUGUCUUACCUGUCCCUCUCCUGGUAAACAGCCGUGACACUACUGCUGGAGAGCUAUUGUGGCGACUCCACCCACUUCUGCCCAGGUGGGAAUGCUGCCAUGAGUCUGAAAAGGGUUCUGCAUCUCUGGGUUAGAGGAGCAGCUUGACAGAGGAAGAACCCAGGAGAUUCUGUUGCUAGUACUUUAAGCUGCAGCUUCUGAGCCUGACACUUGUCUUGAACUUGCUGAUAGGCAUGGAAUUUCCACGGUGGUCAACUCUUCACUGCGGUUAUUGCAGACAGAUCCCCGCCUGCCUCCCGUGGCUGCAAUAAAUUACAAGCAACACGCACCUGUUGUUUCCUUGCAAACAUAAUACCGCAGUGGGAGAUCCAGUUACAUAUCUUCUUGGCUCAGUGUUUGUUUUGCCAUGUGCAGGAUGAUUGAUAGACUGAAUCUUGAAUACUGUAUAGGUUUUUCCGUUGUUUGUUUAAGUAUAGGUAGUGCCCAAAGCAGUAAGGUAAAGGUAAAGGAACCCUGCCCGUACGGGCCAGCCUUCCAGACUCUAGGGUUGUGCGCUCAUCUCACUCUAUAGGCCGGGAGCCAGCGCUGUCCGCAGACACUUCCGGGUCACGUGGCCAGCGUGACAAGCUGCAUCUGGUGAGCCAGCGCAGCACAUGGAACGCCGUUUACCUUCCCGCUGGUAAGCGGUCCCUAUUUAUCUACUUGCACCCGGGGGUGCUUUCGAACUGCUAGGUUGGCAGGCGCUGGGACCGAACGACGGGAGCGCACCCCGCCGCGGGGAUUCGAACCGCCGACCAUGCGAUCGGCAAGUCCUAGGCGCUGAGGUUUUACCCACAGCGCCACCCGUGUCCCUACCCAAAGCAGUAGUGGUAAACAAAUCGUUGCAAAUUUCUUGCUCCACUCCUGGGGUGUUGGGAAGGACUGCUGGACCAAAGGCAACAUAGUGUCUCUGGGGAUGGUCACAUGAGACUACUACCUUGUUGAAGCUAAGUUGGUCUAGGCAUAGUCUGUGCUUGGAUGGGUGACUUCCAGGAAACUUUGUUUAUGCUGCCUUGGGCUCCAUGAAGGAAAACAACGUGGAACAUAAAUGUAAAAAAUAAUAAAUUUCAGGAAGUCUUCCUUCAGAUUGUGCAUUGUUUCUGAGAAAGAGCCUGCAGGAAUUCUGCUGCUGUUCUUUUUUAAAUUCAAAUUUCCGCAUACAUGUGGAGAACUGAAUUUAAGUUCAGAAAAACAAGAAACCAAGAGAAACUGCAACGGACAGAUUCACCCAUCCAUUGGUGCAAGACAGGACUAUGGCUGGAUGUAAAGCUCAAGCUGCUCUGUAGGAGAGCAGCCCUCUGAUGUUGCUUCAGCAGCCAUCAAAUGAAGACUGAGCUCAAAAUAACCACAGCAGGUGCAUCUAUAUUGCAGCCCUGCCCUCGCUGUAAAGCGACUUACCAGUUAAAGGGCCCUAGGCAGCUCAAUCAGUCUUUUGCUCCAGCAGAGCAGGGAAGACUCUGGUCUCACAAGGGCUUUUGCGAUGGAGGCCUCUGAGUCUGAGGAUGGCAAUGCUAUAUCCUCAGGCUGGGGGGACAUUGGCAGCACAGGUUAAUCUGGUUGAAGCUGUCCUGUCUCGCAGCCAAUACAUGCAAAGAGAUGCACUAAUGUGUAGGUAUGGAAGGGAUCUUUAUUCAGGUACAGGCUCAACAGCAGGCCCAGAGUUCAAGAGCCAUGAUUCAGGAGUGCAGGAAUCGGGCAGCAGGGACAUCUUUACCAUUGGGCAUAGUGGCGCAGCGAGCCAGGGCGCCAAGCAGUAGAGGGCGCCAGGCGGAGAGUCCAGGGAAGGGAGAGUGGGGAGGUAAGCGAGGCGGAGCAGGGGCUUGGUGUCUGCGUGCCUCCAGCGCCCAUCGGAGGCAGGAAGGCUCCAGAUGCUUUCCCGCAGUCCGGAGCUCUCUCCACUGGUUCCGUGACACACCACCACCUCAGCUGUGUGGUGUGUGCUUGCAUCCCAAGCUCUGUGCAUAAUAAACAUGACUCUACCACCACUUCCCCGUCCACUCUACCUCGAAAGAUCCCCGCGCUCGAGGCUACACACUGCAACUGCUGCCCCCAGCACCCCUCCCUCCUUCCCCUGCUUCUCCACUGCCUUGCAGGGAGCCUGCCUCCUCCUGCUGCCCCCACCAACUCUGCACUCCUUCACACGGACUGUUUCCUUCCCCUGCCCAAUCCCCUCCCAGUCACGCUCUCUCCUCCCCAAGCAAGGACGGCGAGACUGCGGCUGAGUGUGCGUGCUUCUCUGCUGCGGUGACGCGGAUGGCCCAGCUCGUGUCGCCUACCCCUGCCAGGACGAGACCCCCGCCUGCCUCCCGUGCCAUCCAGCUGCCCAGCCCCACACCAUGAUCCUGCCGUGGGAGGUGAUGCCCAGCCGCGUGCGAGCAGCACAGGGCAGCAGCACGAGGGCGGGAGCAGCCUUUCCUAAAAAAGGUCAACAACUUUGGGGUCCCCCCCUUAAAAAAGGUUGACAACUCUGGCGGGGCGCCAGAGGGAUCUUUGCACCACGGCGCUGGAUAUGCUUAAGACGGCCCUGUCGGGCAGUAAAGUCAGAACUGGAUGGAAGCAAUGAAGAUGCCCCAAAAGUUGCCACUCCCCCAUCUGCCAAGCUUUUGAAAAUGAGGCGCGGUGCACUCACUGGUGGGGCUCGCUCGCUUUGCAGAAAUGUUGGGAUUGCCGCCGCCUGCUGCUUUGGGGUUGGUGGGUCUUCUCCCAUCCAUGGAGGCAGAUCCUGGUUCUAGGCAACAAUACAGCAUCCUCCCGUUCAGGUGCCUGAUCAAUUGCAGCCCCCUCCUGAGCUGCCUCCCACUUCGGCUGCCCACUGUCUCCACAGAGGCGUUCUGCUCUGCUGGAAGGUCGGGGGGUAGGGAGCCACCAUCCCUUCUCUCCCUUCUAAAGUGGCUGAAGUCAAGGCACAGAUAGCCCCCUCCACUAACCCCAGUUCCCAUCGUUCAGGCUUCCCCUUCUCUUUUGCUUCCUCCUCUUGUAUUGGGGCCUGCCAAUCUAAGCCCAAGCCUUCCUGGUUCUAGAUUCAGGUCCAGCUGCCCAGGCUGUGAGCAUUUGGAGUUGAAUGCUUAGCAGAGUCUUAACUAUACACGGAAUACCGGUUGGAGGAGCUCUUUGUACAAUAGAUACAAUCUCAUUGGGACUCCAGGUUUAGGAAAGUAACAAAGCUAAUGUUUAUUGUUGGAAAUAUGUGUUUGAUAGGAAAGAUCCUAGUUUUCCCUGAGUAAUUGAGCCACGCUUGCUCUGGCAUCUCAACAGGACAAAUCUCAAAAUAAAUCUGUUCUCAUAAGGGGUCUUGGAGAAGAAGGGGGAAGGUGAGGAGGAAGUGAGGUCUGCAAUCAUAAGAUUACCUGCGGGAAGAUCAACAGGUCAGGCACAAGCAGGACAAUCUAGGAAGCCUGGAAGUUCCUCUCUCUCUCUACCUUUUCUCAUGCAGAUACAUUAGCUGAUACAGUGCAAGCUGAGUUGCACCCUGUCACUUCCAACAAAAGCAAGUAUUUAAUGGGUUCAAGAGGGCACUAAUUAUUCUUUUUGUGUGUGGGUGUUCACUAGGUACUCUCUUCCUUUGGACGUUCUGGCCCAGCUUCAAUUCUGUGUUGGUAGAGAAUGAAGAGGAAAAAAUGGUUGCCAUUUACAACACCUAUUUUGCAAUGGCUACAAGUGCUGUGGCCGCAUUUGCGUUCUCGAAGGCUACCAGUAGUGAUGGGACGUUCCACAUGGUAAGUUAGAAGUUUCUGUUCCCUAACUUUCUAGAGCAUGGGUAGGCAACCUAAGGCCCGGGGGCCGGAUCUGGCCCAAUCACUUUCUACAUAUGGCCCGCGGACGGUCCGGGAAUCAGUAUGUUUUUACAUGAGUAGAAUGUGUCCUUUUAUUUAAAAUGCAUCUCUGGGUUAUUUGUGGGGCAUAGGAAUUCGUUCACCCUCCGCAAAAAAAAUAUAGUCCAGCCCCUCACAAGGUCUGAGGGCAGUGGACCAGCCCCCUGCUGAAAAAGUUUGCAGACCCCCGUUCUAGAGGGACUUUCUCCUAACUAGAGAGACAGGCGGAAGAGAGAUGCUUGCACUUCCAAGCAACCUGUUUAUUGAGAAAUCAUCCUGAUUUGCUUGCAUAUUUGCUUUCAUUGGUUAUGUAAUGAGCAUUCCCUCUCAGUUAUUUGCGUGGAGACUGGAGAAUGCGUGCAUCAAAGCAAGUGCCCGUCUCACACUUCCAGUGCAGGUCCCCAUCACUUUCAUUAUCGCAGAAAGUCUGAUCUUCUGGGGAAACUUGCUUGUUGCACAAGACCUAAUGGUCAGCUAGAACUGCGCAACUUGAAUUUGCUGAUAUAUGGUGGACAGGCUGGUUCUGCAGCCUAACUGGUGCCUGGCUGCUGGUAAUCCUGAUUCAAGACAUGCACACGCGCACCCACACAAACAUCUACACACCCACCCACCCAUCAGCGUUUUUCACCCGUAAAACGUUUCCAGCCAACUUUUUUCAUUCCUCACUUUCUUCUUUUGCUUGUUCUACAGGCCCACAUCCAGAAUGCCACUCUGGCUGGUGGGGUUGCUAUUGGCUUCUCAGUUUCCAUCAUCCAAUACCCUUGGAUUGCGAUGACUUUAGGUCUGGCAGCUGGGGCAGGCUCUGUACUUGGCUUUGCCUUUUUACAGGUAACAGUUCCCAUUUUGAACCAUCCCAUUUUAGAUUGUGGGCAAGGAGAAGCGGGCAUUUUUUUGCCUGAGGCAAAGGGCAAAAUGGCGCCUCCUCCAUUCCUUGUGCAAAAGCCAGUCAGGUUGGCAGUUGUCUCUCAUUUCAACAGUGGUGAUAAGACCGAGUCUCAUCUUCACCUGAGAGCAGCAGGCGGGUUUAGUGGGAUGGUGCUUAAAGUUGUUUCUUGUCUCUGAAGCAUCUGUUGUUGGAGGCAGCUUCCUCACAUUGCCUAAUGGUAGGGCCAGACCCAAGAAGGAGACCUGCACACGUCAUCUUACAGAGCAGUUGGGGAAUCCUUGACUCUUUUGAUUAUGAAACCCUAUCCAUUUUAUUAUUACAUUUAUACUCCACCUUUCCUCUGAGGAGGUCAAAGUGGCAUGAAUGGUAUUCCUCCCUCUCCAUUUUAUACUCACAUCAAUGCUGUGAGGUAGGAUAGGCUGAGGGACUGUGGCUGGCCCAGUGAGCUUCAUAGCUUACUGAGGAUUUGAACCUUGGUCUUCCUGGUCCUGGUCUGACUGCAAACCACUAUGCCACACAGGCUCUCUUGGGUCUUUUUCAACGUAUGCUAGUCUUUUCCAGUCUUGUUGUUCUAAACUUCUUAAUGCCAGAAACUGAACCUUCCUGAUCUACUGCUAAGCAGUGUCCCCCUCUCUGUGCUUCCAUGACAUUGUGGCAGACAAGACAGUCCUGCUUAUAGCCAGCCCACAAGCCCUUCAACAGCUACCUUCUGAUUUGCAGCGUUAAAGGUUAUUCACAUGACUCUUUAGCUGCACACAUCCCAUACAUUUAAACUACUCCCUGCCCAAGAUUCUUGGGAACUGAAGUUUAUUGAAGGUGCUGGGAAUUGCAGCUGCGUUAAAUUAAAUUACAGUUCCUUUUGGAGGAGCUACAUGAUUGAAAUGUGCUUUGAAUUUAUGGUGUUUACACAGCAUUUGUGUUUUUCACAUGUACCCUUCCCAUCAAACUCAGAAGCGCCUGAAACCAGCACUCAGGAUUCAUGAUACCUGUGGAGUUCUUUACACAUUUGGCCUGCCCAGUUUGAUUGGAGGGAUCACCCGCAUUAUUCUUAUCCUAAUAGACAGCCAGGAAGACCUAGAAGGGUAGGUGGAAUCUCUCUCUCAAAUGUUAUCUCCUCUGAACUUUUCAAGAUAGUUAUUGGGCCCCACCAGGAAGUGUGUAGACAGAAAGCUUGCACCACCUUGAGGGUUUUAUUUUAAAAAGUUUUAAAGGCAAGGGAGGGGGGAAAGGAAAUACUAUCCACUGUAGUACUGGACAUCAUCUAGGAAAAAUUCAAUUGAAACAAGUCAGUGGAAAGCUCUUGGUCAGUAGUAACACACUUGAAGUGUGUGCCCUCCAGUUUCUCUUCAGUGUCCUGUGGUUCAAUGGCAAUUGUGAAGGAGGUCUUUGUAAGAUCAGCUGGUGUGAAAAGGGCUCUCUAAAUAGAGAAAGUUUAAAAACAGCAGACAGAGAUAGUAAGGAAGGAUUGAUCUUCUAAAUUUUGUUCCUUUAAUUUUCUCUUUGGUCUAGGUGGCUGCAUUUCUGCUGCAGUUUGUGAUAGACUUCACAAAAAACUGCCAGCAUCAUAUUGCACAUUGCCCCUUACAUAUUUUUGUAUGCAAUUUUGCCUAACAUAACAUGUUUGCAAACCAUUUUCUUUAAUGUGUUACAUUUUUGUAUAUACAUUUUUAAGCACACUCACUCCUUAUAUAGUUUUUUUAACACAUGUUUGCUGGGAUAGCAGCAUAGCAAAAUUCAGAGAAGUGCAAAUGUCAAAGAAUGGUUAUGUUUUGAUUCAUGCAAAUGUUUUUGGAAAUGCAAAUUAAAUCACUUCAUAUUAUAUGAAUUGUGGAUCACACGGAAUUCUCCCCCAUCAAUAACAGAGUGUAAGGCCUAUGGAAAAACACCAAGACUGUAGCACUGAAUAAGUGGUAAAGUAUUCACUGGUUUGUGAAUGGUUUUUGUUGUUGUGAUUUUCAGAAUGGGUUAUUUGGCUUUGAUUGAACUUGGUGCAUCCUGCGCGAUCAUUUCCCUGGGUCUGAUGGCUGGAUUCAUUACAGGUCUGUUAUCGCAAACACUCUUUGUGAUUUUCUAUGGAGCUAAAUCCUCUCCUUUCCUUGAAUGCUACUGGUGUCUGAUUGCUCAAUGGACACACAUUGUACCUUUUCAAUGCUGCACCAAGCAAGGGGCUAGACUGGAUGAUCCACUGGAUAUGUGGAGUAGCAGAGGAGGAAGCAAAGAUAAAGUGAAAACUUCAAGAAUGCUUGAUAAUGUCAGUAGAUGUAGAAACUAACAAAGAAGCAGGAGAAUUUGCCCUGGAUCAAACUGAGUGAUAAUAUACCCCAUCAAGCACCACCCACUAGUGUAGAUGGGAAAAGAAUUUAACUGAAAGCACUCAUGUGUGGAUGAAUGUGCUCUAAAGUGCCACAUGGUAAACUCGGAUCUGUGUGACCUAUGUGCAUGUUAAUGCUCUGGUGUGUGCACAGCCUAUGCCACACUUUAGGCUUAAGAGAGACAUCACUUAUCUGCCUCAUUUAAUGGGUCUAGGGGAUGCAAGCCUAUAAUUUUUAAUUCCUACAUAUAUGUUCAUACAGGUCUAUCAAGCGAAAAACUAGUGUUCCAACAGUCAAAUAGCUACGGUUGGAGGAUGUGCUUCAACAGUGAACUUAGGCCCGAGCUAUGUAUUUAGUGGUAUCAUACCACUUUAAACAAUAAUGGCUUUCUCCAAAUAAUCCUCAUAACUAUAGGUUCUUAAGGAUGCUGAGUACAAUUAGGAGACCCUUAUUCCUGUCACAGAGAUACAAUUCCGAGAGUUCCAUGGGAGGAGGGAUUGACUGUUAAACUGCUCUGAGAGUUGCAACUCUGAGGUGAACAGGCGUCUCCUAGCAACUCUCAACACCCUUACCCAACUACAGUUCCCAGGAUUCUUUGGGGGAAACAAUUACUAUUUAAAGCUGUAUGAUACUGCUUUCAGUGUAUAGUGCAUAUGGGGCCUUAGAGGGUACAGUGAAAGGUAUUUUGGGAAAGGUUUGUCGCUUUUCAGUACAUAUUUUGCAUUCUUUUCCCAAUGUCUUAGGUUUCUUACUAACUUUUGAAUUCUGGAAAGCACCUCCUAUAACAAAGUAUUUUGAUGAUCAAGCUUUUUGGGAGGUAAGUUUUUAAAUUUCACACUAGCUAUUAGUCACUGUGCUAACUGUUCUCUAUCCACUUUCCAUGCCGUUUUUAAUUUUAUAAACCUCUACCGUGCCCCCUCUUACCCACUUUUUCUCUAAACUUAAAAGCCUUAGAUGUUAUAACCUUUCCUCAUAGAAAAAUUCAAUAAUGUUUCUUUGUUUUUAGUUUCCACAUUUAGCUGCUGGAUAUUGAAUACAGGCAUCAAGACUGCAGUAAACUAGUUGUGGAAGAUUUUGUCGAUCUGCCAUUAAAGCCACCAGAAGUUGUAUAACCUUUUCGUAGGAACCAUUUGUUUGCAAGACUGAAUGAGCUACAUUACUGCUUCAUUAAGGAGGCUGCCAACCGCCUUCUUUUCUCUAAGGCAUACUAUUUACAGCUGAACCUGCAAAAUGCUGAGGAUUUUGUUGGGGUGUGUGUGUGCGCGUAUUAAAUGUGGAUUUUACCUCAUUUGACCUCCCUCUGCCAGCACCUUAAAUGCAGCGGUUUUAAAAACUUUCCACACUGAGUUGUCUGUUGUAAAAUUCUUGCCACCUGGCAGAGGAUUCUGGGGGCAUUUUCUAGGUGGCGCACUUUCAGCUGUUGCACCUUGCAAGGGAGUGACUGGUAAUGUGGAAAAGUUGUACAAGUGUACAGUGUGAUAUAUGACGCUAAGUAUUUUAUAAUAUGCUAUGCCUCCACAGUUGUAAUUUUAUAUCCCCAUAUGCCUACCAUCUUUCUUACUGCUACCACUGCCUUUAAUGUCCCAAUUAACCCUGUGCAUAAAUGGCCUAAGUGGAUUGUGACUCCAGCUGAAAAAUACUAAAGCAAUGAAGUCAGCAUGGGAAAUGAACUGCUGCUUACUAUCACAAACUGAAUGUUAGAACACUGCCUCUACAGCACCACCAUAAAGCCACCAGUAACAAGAGAAGAGCCAUCAUACUUGGAAGUCACAGGCCCAGCAGAAACUUCAGAAGCAUGGUAACAUUUCAGUUAAUAGUUCAGGUGUGGGAAACCUUUGGCCUGCCAGAUGUUAAUAAACUACAGCUCCCAUCAGUCUUAGCAAGCAUGGCCAAGGGCUAGGAAUGGUGGGAGCUGUAGUUCAGCAACAUCUGGAAGGCCCAAAGUUCCCCACACCUGGUACUUAAGUCUCCCCCAGAAAAAAGCAGCCUAAUAAUUGGUUGCUAUGGUGCCAAUCAGCCUGUCAUGCACUGGAUAACCUUGCAAGGUACAAAAGAAGCAGCUCAGAUCCAGGCAGAAAAUGUGUAAGAACUCCAGCUAGAGGGACCCAUUUGUGGGCAAGACCUCUGCACCCCUAGGAUCAGUGGAAGCUUCCAUCUUGCUUAGCUCCACCUGCCCAUCAUUCUGCUUUCUAGGCUGACCAUCAGAGAGAGCACCCAUUCCCGCUAAAUAUCCCAGAGGCACUUGUGUGAAUGAGUGUGACCUCUCUAACUUUGAUUUCUGAAUUGCAUUCAAUAAAUGUGUUGUUUUGCCUUCCCCCACCCAAGACUCACUAAAUUACUUCAGCUUCAGUACAGAUCAACUGUAUGCACAACAAAGGAACCCCAAACACAGCUGGAAAGCCACCCCUUAAUAAAUCUAGAG